UUUGAUUUCUGACCAACGUUCUGAUUUACGACAUGUCGAGUACCAGAAAUUGUACUUCACAUUUUACGACAUCACCUGAAAACUUAAUGGCGCUGUUACUUCUUACCCCCGUGAACGUCACCUAGAUUCGCGAUCUUCAACACUUACCAAAAUAGCUACAUUCUGUUAUCCCUUUUCCUUCAACAGUACCUUCAGUAAACAAAAAGAACUUCUGUACAUCUUAUGUACAAACUUGUCUAGGAAGGCUUGACGACAUUUUGGGUUGUGAACAACUGACGGAACAGCGUCAACAACGGCCUCAUUGUGAGUCAUUAAAGUUAUCGUUAUUUUUAUGUUGUCACCAUCUGUCCAAUACCAUAUAUUGUCGAUAGCGACUCGGAUCACACAGGCUGGCUGGACUUCAAGAAUUACGGUAUACGGGCGUGUACGAUCAACGUUCGUGGCGGUCUCGUAGUUCCAUCACGGAAAAUGAGCACGAAAUGCUGCACUUGUGAAAUAAAACUACGUUAGAGACAGUCUACAAAGAGGAAUCUCAGUCUGCCAUUACCAUCGGUGCUACGGAUCCCGUGAUUUCACCAUGAUCAGAUUCCGUCUUCAGCCUCCAAGUGGCCCCAUGGCUAUGAACAUUACCGAGCUGACGUAUAAGGACUUUCCUGAAUACCAGGCUGGUGUCUUCAUGUGGAAGGCGAUAUCUCCGCUCCUCAUUCUCAUUGGCACCAUCGGAAGCUUGCUGUCUGUCAUUGUUUUAUGCCGCAAACGGAUGCGAUCGUCGACGACGAUGUUUUACUUGGCCGUGUUGGCAGUCACUGACGUCUUCGUGUUGUAUACUGGGUUACUGCGUUACUGGAUAAAUUACACAUUUGACGAAGAUCUUCGCCUAUAUUCGGAAUUUUCUUGUAAGUUCCAUAUUUUUCUUGUGUAUGUGUCUCUAGAUUUCGGAGCUUGGAUACUGGUUGCACUUACCGUUGAUAGGUGUCUGUUCGUAUGCGCACCUUUCAAAGCCCGGAAGUACUGUACUCUGCGGAGGGCGAGAAUAACCGCCGCCGCCAUGUUGGCUUUCUUGAUGGUAAUAAACAUUCACUUUGCCUGGUCGUAUGGCCUCAGUCCUCGUACGAUAUUCGGGGAUGGGGUAGAUUGUGAUGCCGCUAACGAUGAUAUGAAACAAUUUGUAACUGUCAUCUGGCCAUGGAUUGACUUGUUCAUCGUAUGUUUUGUCCCGUUUUCGAUCAUGAUCACCUGCAAUGGGAUAAUCAUAAGGAAACUCGCAAUCUCUGCCGACAAGAUCCGUCGCCACACCGUUUCCGAGAGUGAGAGGUACCGACAUGAACUGAAAUCAACCAAUCAGAAGGAACGAAACAUCCUUACUCCGCCUGGCCAAUCAACACGUCCGAAGAUCAGCGUAAUAAGCACGCAGUCGAACAACAGCAACACAAAAGUCAAGUCAGCCUCUCAGAAAACGUCGCACCUCACCUUGAUGUUGCUAUCGGUCAACUGUCUGUUCUUGCUGCUGACGUCACCGAUUGUUGUGUACAUGAUCGGGUUCGGAACAUGGCGCGAGACGCCCGACGCCCAGACCGAGGCUCAGCUCCAUUUGUGGUGGUGUGUGGUUAAUCUGUUGCAGUACACGAACAAUGCCGCCCACUUCUUUCUCUACUGUCUCACAGGACCGCGAUUCAGGAGGGAGUUACUCCUAAUGAUGGCUCCAAAAAACAAAGUGAACGCUGAACCAAGCGUCACGCUCGAUCCAUACCAUUGAAAGAACUCACGGUCGACAUCAAAUCACAUCAUCUAGCCAACACAUAUCGGUUUUAUCAGAUUUAUUCGAACUGGAGACUCUGUACAAGUGUUGAACUCUGCUUGACGUAACUUUGUGUGUUACAUUUUACUACGAUUUUAACGAACACAAUGGGACCAGAGAUUUUAGCUCGUUAUACCCGUAGUUCUUUAUAACGUUUUUGACUAAAAUAAACAGCAAGUCAACAUUACCAGACAAACAGUUCCUAAUUUCCGUUAGUUCGUUUUAGCGUGUUCGCUUUACAUCUUUGAUUUGCAUUUAGAAGUUGAGGAGAUGAAGAAUGAGGACAAUUUUUAGGGAUAUACAACUUCUU